AUGGACGACACGCUCCGCGACACGGGCGCGGAUGUGUCAUCCGCGGGGACUAAAUCCCUACCCCCGGUGGAGUCUCGCAAGAAUCGCUUCCCGAUGUGCGUCGUGUGGUGCCCGCUGCCCAUGAUCACGUGGCUCUUCCCGCCCAUCGGCCACGUCGGAAUCUGCUAUUCCGACGGCCUCAUCACUGACUUUCUGGGUUCUCGCUUCAUCCACCGCGGCUCGCUCGGCUUCGGCGCGGUCGCGAGGUACUGGCGCCUGGACCCGACCAAGGUGACGGACGGCGCGGGCGGCGUACACACCUUCGACACGAGCGUGCGAAGGGCGGAAUCCCUCUUCAACACCUGCGAAUACUACAACCUCUUCGGUAACAACUGCCACCAGUACGCGGCGCACGCGAUGAACCUUGCGGGUUACCAGGGCAAGCGCGACUGGAACAUGGUGCACGUGGCGGCCAACGUCCUGCUCAAGGGGAGAUGGGUCAGCCCAUGGGCGGCGGUCAAGACGUGGGGGCCGUUCUGCGUUGCGCUCGUCGCGUGCGCGGCGACGGGGGCGUGGGGUUUCGUCCAGGGAAUCUUCGGGGCGUUCUUGCUGCUGGUGGUGUACUUCUCGUCUUACUCGUUCGGGUACGCGGAUCCGGCGCGAAAGCUCUACCAGACGCCGAACAAAGUGGAGCAAUACUCUGAAGACGAGGUGAUGGGGAUGCAGAUGCAUCAGGCGGCCGGGGGCGGGGACGAUGAGGAGCCGCCGCUGCCUCCGGGGCGAUCAAUCGGGUAG